AUGACGAGCACGCCGUCCACCCAGGGUCAAAGGUACCAGGGCUACCCUUAUGUCAAUCCCAUAGUAAUAGAUGCUCCAUCGAUAGAUGCUGAGACUGCUUCCAGAUGGACCAAUUUGCCGAGAAGACAAUUAGUGCCGGGAAAGAAAACCACAAAUAACAAUGUAGUCUACGUUGACAUACCCGAAAGUGCAAGUAGUGGGAAUAACAGCAGCGUAAUAGAAGGACCAUCAAGACUCAAUCCGAACAUCAAACCUGAACCCGACGAAACUCCUGAGAUAUACAUAGAUUUACCAGACACGGGUUCUCAGAGUACAGAAGAUAAUGCAAUCAGAAGAGAAGAAGGCGGAAGAGAAGAGAACGCGACAGAUUUUGUUGAAGAGACGAUAUUCUACGAUCCCUUUAAAAAUAGACGAAUAAAUAUACCUCAAAAUGACCAAAGCACAUUGGCUGGGUCAUCAAAUGGAAAUGCAGGAUCUUCUUUAGAAUCGUCAAGUCAAAACUUCAUGUCAAAAGAAAGCUAUAUAUAUGGAUCUGAGCGGCUUCCAGUUCUAAACUCAACACCAGAGAGGGAAUUUCCCGAACCGCCACCAGCAUACACCGAAGUCGCACCGAUUUCACCAAUCCCAGUAUCUCCUGAACCUCCCAGGACUGAAGUCAUUGUCCCAAAUCCUCAACUCCCAACAGUGUUAUCUAAUACAGAUAGAAAGUUGGUGAUGUGUCCCGAUUGUCAGCAGCGGGUCCAUACGUUGACUGUGCGGGAAAGUGGCAUCAUGACGCAUAUUUUGGCCGCCUUAUAUUUAUUUUUCAAUCAUGAAAAAUCAGUCUCUCCAGUGUUACAAAAACAACACGUACACGUGCUCUGCCUAGGCACGGGGGUGAAACACCGCCAACUUCCCAACUCCGGGCUGUUACUGAUGCUUACUAAGCAGAAAGACUUAAUAACUAAACUUGGCUCGAGCCGGGACUCGAACCCAGGACCUCCGGAUGUACAGCCGUACAUGCUAGCUAGUAAGAUCACCGAUGUACUGUAUGUUUGUACG